CUGGUGCUGACUGCUGAGUCGAGUGCUGAGUACUCCCGCAGCCUCGUGGCUGAGUUAGGCACUCGUCGGUUUAUCUUUAUCAAGGAAUUAUUGAUACAGUAAAUGGCAAAUUCUUCAUCAGAGUUUAAGGAUCAAUAAUUCGAUUGAAUUUCGCCUUUUCCUUUUCUGAGAGACGGGGAAGAUGGACUCGAUUUCUUCUCCGGGGUCAAAACGUCCAGCAGAUAGUGCUUUUAAGCAGCAACGGCUUCCUGCUUGGCAACCAAUCCUCACAGCUGGGACAGUACUUCCUACUUUUUUCGUCAUUGGUAUAGCGUUUAUUCCUAUAGGAGUUGGACUUUUAUAUUUUUCAGACGGGGUCCAAGAGAAGACGAUAGAAUAUACAAAAUGCAUGAAUGCCUUGUCACCAACAAAGACUUGUGAAGAAGUUCUGAAAACUACUCCGGACCAGCCUUGUUCAUGUAAUGUCACAUUUUCUUUGAAUGAGUUGUACAAGGGAAAUGUUUUUAUUUAUUAUGGCUUAACAAACUUCUACCAAAAUCAUCGACGAUAUGUAAAAUCAAGAGAUGACAGUCAGCUACUUGGAAAACUUGAUGACGAUCCGUCAAACGACUGUGAUCCUUUUAGAAAAUCUGCCAAUAUGCACCCUAUAGCACCAUGUGGUGCUAUUGCAAAUUCGUUAUUUAAUGAUACGAUUCGGCUUUUUAAAGGAAACGAUGAAGUUCCUCUUUUAAAAACAGGAAUUGCUUGGGAAUCAGACAAAAAGGUAAAGUUCCGUAAUCCCCCCGGAAAGACACUGAAAGAAGCGUUCAAAGGAUUUGACAAGCCAAAAAAUUGGAAGAAAAAUGUUUGGGAGUUGGACACCGACGACAGCAACAACGGCUUCCAGAAUGAAGAUCUUAUAGUUUGGAUGAGGACCGCGGCGCUUCCAAAUUUCCGAAAGCUCUACAGAAGAGUCGAUCAUUCAAUAGAACCAUACCGUGCAGGGUUGCCUAUAGGAGAAUACACUCUAUUCAUUGAUUACCAUUAUGGAGUCAGUGCGUUUGAAGGAACUAAAAGAAUAAUCAUAUCUACAACAUCCAUGCUUGGCGGUAAAAAUCCAUUUUUAGGCAUUGCUUAUGUUGUCGUUGGUGGAAUAUGCCUACUUCUUGGAAUAAUAUUUUUGAUAAUACAUGUAAAGUGUGGCAAAAGCACAAAUGAGGUGAUUAAUGUAAGUUCUGCAACACCUUAUCAAUGAGUGUGAUAUGGGAAUGGAAAAUUACCCGAGUAGUGCAUUUAAAAAAAUAGUUAUUACUACUUCUCUACCAUGGCGAAACAGAGUAAAAGGUUUUAUUUCAAAUUUGGUAAUUUAGUUGCAAUUGUACAAGUGCACUUAAAUGUUAUUAACUGUAGAUAAAUUUAUAUUUAGCAUUAACUAAGCAGAACAUUGUGUAAAUAUGGAUUUUUAAGUUCCUUUAGAUUGAUGUCAAAUUUCAAAAGUGAUUUAUGUAAAUUAUAAAAAAAAAAUUAUGGUGCAGUAUUUUAAAGGCUGGAGUGGAAACCCUGUGUGACCGUAACUCUGUUUUACAGCAUUUUGUCAGGAAAAUUGGAUUAUUUGAUCCAUCUGUUUUAAAGUAUGGUAAAAAGGACAAUCGUAAAUUAAUAACUAAUUGCUUCUUGAAAUCAAUUUUUAGGAAAACCUGGCUGAAUGCGCUCAGGUGCUAUUAGUUAGUAUAUAACGUGGCAAAACAUAUU